AUGUUGGGACUUCCUUGGGGCUAUGAGCUGGGACCAGUGCCAAAUGAGCUAUUGAUGGUGAUUGACACAGCCAACAUGGCCGCUCGAUUCCACACUUACAAGCAGCAUGCAUUGAAGGCAGCCUGUCAAGGAAAGGGACUCAAGAUUGAUACGCAAAUCCAUGAGGUUGCAGCUCUUUCUCAUAUUGAUAUUGAAGCAUGGUCAAUACAGCGACGCCAUGAUCGACACAUUUGUGGAGGAAGCAUCCUGAACCUGACAAGCACCCAUCAUGUAUUCAAACUACGACGAGGCGGGUUGGACAUUGCAUAA